AUGCAGACGUAUCCCAAAGCCAUCGAUGAAUGGCGAGGCAGACACAUUGUGGUGAGCUCUGCCAGCGGACAGUCGCUGUGUCACGUCCCGCUGGAAUGGUUGUUGCAGUGCGGGGCGCCAGACUGCUGCGAGCUAUUGCGAUGGAUGGUGGGUGUGUGCGUGGUGGAGGAUGGCAAGCUGAGCGAUGCGGAUGGGGCAAGGGUGGAUGCGGCUUCUUUGCUGGCAUGUGCGGAUCAAGUUGUCCGACUACUGUACACUCGCACAGGUGAGUUUGCAACGUGGCAGCGGGUGCCGGGUGCCGGGUGCCGGGUGCGCCCCCACCAACUGCUCUUCCACGCACGCACUCCCUGCACAGAUGGCCAAGCGCAACCCUUCACCUACACCAAGGGGCCCCGCUUCAAGUACGCUCGCAGACCACCCGCCGCUGAUGCGGAGCAGAGCACAAUGAGCCACUCGAGUCGCUCUAGCACGAAUCAGGUGAGUGGGUGCGCGUGGGCGUGGGCGUGUGUGUGUGCGUGUGCGUGCGCGCGCGUGCGCGUAGCACCUGGCCCUGUCUCGCUUGCCGUGCUCACUGGCCACCCACAGUCUGCAUUCCGAUUCCGUGUAGCGGUGCGGGACUUUUCGUGUCUGCUGACGGGCGACCCAGCAGAAGAGUGCGUCGCUGCCCACAUCAUCCCUCAAAGUCGACCAGAGGUGGGUUGCGGAUGGUUGUACACAUUGCGCUUUGCCCAGACCUCUAACCCACCCCACCCGGCUCGCAGUAUUACACUGAAAUCAUGGGCAGGGAAGUCACGUAUCCCUUCUUGACCGAGCACGGCAUCACGCUCAAUCAUGCCAUGCAUCGUGCGUACGACAAUGGCGAUUUUGCGCUGUGGCCGAGGGUGAGUGCAGUGCGCACGAUUGCCAUGCUCACAUGAUUCGCACGCACGCAACGCACGCACCCACGCACGCACGCGCUCAUCGCACCCACGCACGCACACACGCACGCAGGGAGAAGACCUCAUCGUGCACUACUUUAUGCCAAAGAUGCUCAAACGUCGAGCUCAUCACGGACAAGUCAUUCAUCGGUCUCACUUUCGCGUGCAGGACGAGUCGGAGCUGCCCAAUAAGCAGCUCCUCAUGUUUCACUACCAGCAAUGCGUCAUCAAGUACCUGCGCGGCUUUGCUGCUGGAUUCGACAGCGGUGGGGAUGCACAAGUGUGA